AUGGUAUUUUUUACAUGCAAUGCGUGUGGUGAAUCAGUGAAGAAAAUACAAGUGGAAAAGCAUGUGGCUGUUUGCAGGAACUGUGAAUGCCUUUCCUGCAUUGACUGUGGUAAAGAUUUCUGGGGCGAGGACUAUAAAAACCAUGUGAAAUGCAUAAGUGAAGACCAGAAGUACGGCGGCAAAGGUUACGAAGGGAAAGCCCACAAAGGCGCUAUCAAGCAGCAGGCGUGGGUGCAGAAAGUUAAUGAAUUAAUAAAAAGACCCAAUGUCAGCCCCAAAGUGAGAGAACUUUUAGAGCAAAUUAGUGGUUUUGACAACAUUCCCAGGAAAAAGGCAAAAUUCCAGAAUUGGAUGAAGAACAGUUUAAAAGUUCAUAAUGAAUCGGUUCUGGAGCAGGUGUGGAAUAUAUUUUCUGAAGCUUCCAGUAAUGAACCAGCCAGUAAAGGGCAAGAUCACCAGCCACUCAACCCAGUGGCAAAGCCACCUGCGGAAAUCACCACCACGGUGGCCCCUUCCAAAGCCAGUGACACCGCGUCAGGACAAGCAGAGGCAAAGAAGAGUAAGCGGGAAAGGAAGGAAGAGCGGCAGAAGAAAAGGAAAAAAGAAAAGAAGGAACUGAAACUAGAAAACCACCAAGAGAAGUCCAAGAGUCAGAAGUCUAAAAAGCGCAAACUGAGACUGGAGGCCGAGCAGGAGGCGGGAGGGGAGGGUGCCCCCGAGGCCAAGGGGAACAAGAGCGAGUGUGGAGUGAACGGAGACGUGGACAAGGCGGGAAAGAGGAAGCGGAAGCUUUCAGAAGUUGAAGCUUAUUCCAAGAAGAAGAAGUUGAAGUGCCCAGCACUGGCUGAGGGCGGAGAACCAGAAAACCAUGAAGCUCCUGCAAAAGGGAAAUUCAAUUGGAAGGGGACUAUUAAAGCAGUCCUAAAGCAGGCCCCAGACAAUGAAAUAGCAGUCAAAAAGCUAAGGAAAAAGGUUUUAGCUCAGUAUUACGCGGUGACAGCUGAACACCACAGGUCUGAAGAGGAGCUCCUGGCCAUCUUCAACAAGAAAGUCAGCAAGAACCCCGCCUUCAAGUUACUCAAGGACAAGGUCAAGCUUUUGAAGUGA